AUGAACGAUUCAAGUCAAAACGUGCCAAAAAUUCAACACACUGAUCCUAAGUUUGUACAAGACAUUAAAUUAGGGAAACCUUUGGAUUAUUCGUCCAAAAACCUCAGGACGCUUGACAAACUAAUAAACGAGACACCGUUGUCGGCCAGAGUCCACGGAGUUCCCGUCAGAGGCAUCAACAAGAGAUUCAUCUGUGGUGCCAUUUGGUUGAAUAAUAAUUAUUUGACGAGCUUGCAAGGCUUGAGCAAAUCGGUGGAAGAGCUGCUCGAGUUGCCAGCAUACUUGACUUGGAUUGACAUUUCUUAUAAUGAAUUUAAAAGCAUUGGACAGGAAUUUCUUCAUUUUAAAAAUUUGAGGAUACUGUACAUGCACGGAAAUCAUAUAAAUGACAUUUUGGACGUUAUAAAACUAAAAUCACUUUUAAAACUACGAACAUUAACUCUACACGGAAAUCCGAUAUCCCGGCUAGUUAAUUAUCGUUCUCUUGUAUUGUUUUACCUUCCGCAGAUUAAAAGUUUGGACUUUUCGUUAAUCACUCGUCAAGAGAGAAGUGUUGCUUCACCAAUAGCCUGUAGCACAGUGAAUAAAAUAAAUUAG